GAGUUGAUGAAGCAGAUCUUCAGUGAACAAGGAGUACCAAAGAUUGUAAGAUCAGACAACGGGCCCCACUACAGCAGUGCUAGUUUUCAUGAAUUUGCCAAAGAAUACGGAUUUGAACAUAUCACCAGUUCUCCUCACUACCCCCAGAGUAACGGUUUCAUAGAAAACCAAGUCAAGACGGUUAAGGCAGUCCURCACAAGACCGCAAGAACCAACGAAGACCCCUACAUGGCUCUACUCUGUCUUCGGUCCACUCCAAUUGACAGUAAGUUGCCAUCACCCUCUGAACUACUCCUUGGCAGGAAGCUCCAAGACAAUCUACCGCGCUCGAUAACUAGGAACCAGAACAACGAAGAGAUCAUAGAGAGAUUAAAGAAACGACAAGAGCUGCAAAAGCACUACUAUGACCGGAACACCAAGACAAUCCCGGAUCUUCUGCCAGGGCAGAACAUCAAUAUUCAAAACCCCUCUACAAAGAAAUGGGGACCGGCCACAGUCAAGGAAAAGUUGGACCAACCAAGAUCAUAUACAGUCACUACUCCAAAGGGUGGAGAGCUACGUCGGAACAGAACACACAUCAGAGAAGCACUGCCAUCCCCCAUAGGACACCAAAGCCCGCCUGCAGAAUCUCCUGGAACAGAAGUGUCUAAUCCAGCACCACAUAAUGGAAUGAUUACAACACGCAGUGGCAGGGUCGUGAAACCACCAGAACGAUAUAUAUAAUUUUCAAAAGAACUGUUCAAGAAUAGCACAUAAUCGCAACAUCAGUUGUAUGCAUGGACAGCUGAUAUAUAGUCAUUGUUACUAUUGUUUUCGUUGCAUGUACAUAUAUAUAUACAUAUAUGUUGUUGUUUUUUACGGAAAGGAGGAUGUCAUGCUAUAUGUCAUAUGAUACCAUAGCAUUGACUGAAACCCUAUAUCCAUCUAUCAGACUGCAUGAUACACAUUUGUAGCCCGAAUUGAUAUACUCAAAAUAAAGCCAUAUUUCACAACCA